AUUGACAGUUGUUCCAAAGAUUUUGCAUCCGAGGCACAAGAAAGUGAAGGUAUUGAUUGGUGGAAUAAUAAGCGAUUUCAGGACAUUUGUCCUUAACCUUUAAUGGUUGUGUUUCAACCAAGACAUGGACGAAGAUGAACGACAGAGGAAACUAAAUGCUGGAAGAGCAAAGCUUGCUAGCUUCCGACAGAAAAGGGCGAAAGGUGACGGUCAAGUCGCGCAGAAAAAGACGCAGAAGAGGAAGGGCCCGUCUCCAACGCAGAAUGACGGCCCAGCGCAACGUCGCCCCCUAGGGAUGGACCUCCGGACAGACGGCAACGCCACACAGCAGGACGACAUGUGUAACAAUGAGGAACCACAAUGUUUUGGGGAGACAGAUCAGAGCCAUCUUCCAGAGGUCCAGUGGAGCCAGGGGCACUUGGAGCAACACCAUCCCCAGGAGGGAAGCAGUGUCCUGGGGAGGCAGGCGGUCAGUGGGCAUCCUGAGGAGAUAGCGGUUGUGGGAGAGGAGGUCCUAGUGGUUCGCACUGGAAAAGAUCAGCUCAAGCAGUUACAGGCCGCAGUAGAGAAGCGUAAUGAGAUCAUCAGCAGACUGAGCUGUAACCUGCAGGAGGCGCUGGAGAGCAGAGACAAGGAACAGCAUGAGGCCUUCUCCCUCACUGGACAGAUACAGGCUCUGAAGAUGCAGCUACAGCAGACCUCUCAGUUCUUUCCCUCCAGGACCCAGUGGGGCUCAGAGCUCUCCCUAGCCCAGCGGCAGGCCUCCCGGCCCGGCCACAGCUCCCACGACCUUCCCUCACUCCCCAACCACCUGGAGGUUCCAGUAACAGAACCAGGGAACCAAAUACGCACACUCCGAAUGGAACACGAACAGACUGGAGCUGGGUAUGAGAGCCCAGAACAAUGUAUUGAUCCUGAGAUUGUUGUACUAAUACACACAUUGAGGAGAGAGCUGCUAGAGGAGAGGGAGAAAAACCAGCUCAUGCUUUCCCAACUAGAAGAGGAGAGGACAGGGAGGGAGGAGGAGAGGAGAGAGAUCCACCAGUACAAGGAGGAGAAGGAGGUGUUGAAUAGGGAAUUGCAGGAGCUAAGGAGGAGACUGGAGGAGGAGAGGGAGAGAAGGAACGAGAGGGAGGAUGAGCGAGAGAUCAGGGAAAGGCAGGAAGAGGAGAAGAGGAGACUUGGAGAGGAGGUGCAGAGAGUCCGACAGGUGUUGGGGGAGAGAGGGAGAACGAGAGAGGAGUUGGUGUUCAAGGCUUCUAAAGACAAACUGAACCAGGCAAAGGCCAGUGUGGAGGAGGAGGAUGGGGAGGGGGAGAGAGAGGAGUGCCUUCUAGACCUGUCCCUCCCCACUGAUGGCACCCCGCUGUUGGAGCGCUACCUCCCCUCGGCCCUCCCCUCACACACACACUUGUCCUGGGCCAAUGAAACUCUGGAGGAGUGCAGCUUUCUGGAAGGGCACAGCCUGCUGGACAACUCUGGCAACUACAGGUUUGAGCUGGACAGUGACAUCAUCAGCGGUGGUGACCAAUCCCAGCUGUCCUUUUCGCAAGAAGAACAGACUAACUUUUCUGUCCCACAAUCCACUGCACAGUCCCACCACCCCGACCCUGAGAACGAAACCUUGCCCUCUUUCGCCUCCCAGUGGCAGAACGACCCCCUCUCUGUCUCACGAGACGCCAGCGAGACCUCUGAGAGGCUCAGUGAGACGUCGGAGAGUCAGGAAGUCUCAGACCUGGGCAAGGAGCUGCUCAUCCAGCAGUGUGGAGACCUCCGGGAGGAGGUGGCUCUGAGGGAGAGGGAGAAGGAGGUGGUGAUGGAGGAGUUGAGGAGGAGCGCUAAGGAUCUGGAGGAGACCAGUGCCAGGUGGGCCCAGGUCUCUGAGGAGCUGCAGGAGGCGCACUUGGAGCUUGAGGAGGAGCGAGAGAAGAGGAGGAGAGCUGAGGAGGAGGUCAGCCUGAAAACACACGAGGAGGACAGCCAGGAACGAGUAAUGGAACAGCUAAAAGUGGAGAAAUCUCUCCUCGCUCGUCUAAAACAGCAGGAGGAGCUGCUCUCCUCUGCCCGGUUGGAGAAAGGAAGCAACAAGGAGAAAGAGGAGGAGGAGAAGAAGAGUGUCCUCUCCAGGUUGAAGCAGCAGGAGCAGCUGGUCUCCUCUCUGCAUGAGGUGAAAUGGGCAGGAGACUCUGUCUCCUCUGAAGUUCAUGCCCUGUUUGGAAUACGGCUACAGUCACUACAGACCCAUCGUGACCAGCUUCUAGCCCUGCUGGAAGAAACUAAAACCAGGCACAAAACCACCACCGCUCUCCUCAGUCAGAAAACCCUGGAGCUCGACACCGCUCAAAAGAGAUGGACAGAGUCCAGAAGGAGGCGGAGACAGCGAGGCAGGAGGCGGAGACAGCGAGGCAGGAGGCGGGAGAGGGAGAGGAGGAUAGAGCAGACGGAGAGGGAGAAAACAGAGGUAGAGUCUGAGUUGCUGUGUCUGAGACAGAACCUGUGGAACCUGGAGGAGCUCCAGGCCCAGGGAGUGAGGGAGGGCAGAAGGAGAGGGGAGGAGAUGGACAGAACCACGCAGAGGAUGGAGAAGGUGAUGGAGGAGGAGUUCCAGAGACGGCUCAGAGACAAGGAGGAAGAGGUGGCGGAGGAGAGGGAGAAGUGGGAGGUGGAGAGGCAGGAGAAGGACGGGGAGGUGCAGGGGGUGAGACGCCUGCUGGAGGAGCAGCGGAGGGAGAGGGAGCAGGAGGUGAAAGCGCUUCUUGAGCAGCAGAUGCGGUCUGUGGAGGAGGCCACAGAGAGACUGAGAAGAUCUCACAGUGAGGACGUGCAGGAGCUGCAGGAGAAACACCAGGAGGAGGUGUCUGAGCUGAGUGGCCGUCUGGAGAGAAAGCUGUGUGAGCAGAGACACAGUCUGGAGGAGGAGCAGAAGAGACAGAUCAGCCUUAUCAAACAGGUGAGUGAGAGAGAACACCAGAGGAUGCUGUUGGAGAUGAUGUCACAGCAGAGGGAGGAGCUUAGCCGUUUGAAGGCAGAGCUAUCAGGGGACCAGAGGGAGAGCAUGGAGGCAGCCCACCAAGCAGAACUACUGCAGAUACAGGGCCAACAGGCUCUGGAGCUGGAGGCGCUGCGUCUGAGCCUGACCAACCACCAAACGACCCAGCUAGAGCUCUCCCAGACCAACCUGCAGCGGGAGCGGGAGGCCUCUCUAAGCGAGCUCCAGGCUUCCCUCAGGGAGAAGUGGGCCCAGGAGAGGGCCGUGCUGCAGGCCAGACAGCAGUUUGAGGUGGAGAGGCUGAGAGCUGAGAGUGAGGAGAGGAUCCAGCGAGAGCAGCAGGAGUAUCACAGGAACAUGGAUGCUCUGAGGCAGGAGUGUGAGAGUCGUCUCUCCCAGGAGAGAGCGUCCAUGGAGGAGCGGCAGGCUGCAGAAAUAGUGGCCUUGAGAUCCCGGUGGCAGCAGGAGUCCGAGAAGGCCCAGUCGGAGCUCCAGACACAGCUGUCAGAGGCUCGGGUAUCACUCUCCUCUACCCAGGCAGCCUUCACCCAGACUGGGGCAGAUCUGUCCGGGGCCCGGGCUAGCCUGGAGGAGCUCCGGAAGCUGGAGGGGGAGCUGAGCCAGGCCUGGACCGACAGGGACGCUGCUGCGCGUGCAGUAGAGGAUCUGGUGUCCAGACAUCAAGUGGUGCUGCAGGAGAGAGAGGAGCAAACACGGCAGCUACAGCAGGAGGUGUGUCGUCUGCAUGGGGAGCAAGUGACUCUGAGACAGACUUGUGACCAGGAGGUUGCUCAGCUAGACAACAUGAGGACCAACCGCCAGGAACUGGGACAGUUGAAGGAGCAGCUGCUAGCUCGUUCGUCGUGGGUGGAUGACAUCGAGCGUCUGCAGGCGGAGUUUAACGAGCAGAGGCGGGAGAUCAAUGAGCAGAACGAGGUCGAGCUGGAGAACCUGAGGAGGUACAUUGAGCAGCGUCUGCGAGUAGCAGAGGAGAGCUACCGGGAGGAGAUAGCCCUGCUGCAGCUGAGACUGGUGGAGGGAGCCUUGGAGGACCCUGUUCUCAAGACCCAGGAUGCUAGUUUCCUGUCUGAAGGGAGAGGGGAGGAGGAGAGGAACGAUGUUCUGGCUGAGAUCACACUGAAACUGGAGAAACACCAGGAGGCGUUUGACCAGCUGCGUGUCCAGCUGGAGGAGAGGCACACUAAGGAACUGUCUAACCUACGGUCCUCUCUGGCCCUGCCCUACAGAGAGGAGCUGCUACAGGUGCGUUUGGACCUGACUGAUCGUUACUAUGGCGACCUGCAGGAGCUGAAGACUCGCCACGCCCUCGAGAUGGAACAACUCCGCGCUAAACUGUCAGACAGCCAUGUCAGAGAGCUGACGAGGGUGCGUCUGGAGGCUGCCAGACAGGUGGAGGUGGAGGUGGAGCAUAGGAUGUGGUGUCACUCUGAGGAGCUGCAGACCAGAACGACCAUGAUCCAGAACUUGGAGACACAAUUGGCUGCCGUGGCAGACACACACAACAUGGAGCUAUGCGCACGCACUAUGAAGCUGAAGCAGAGCUUUGCUGAGGAGCUGGUUGUGAAACUAGCAGAGGAACGUAAGGAGGAGAGGGAGCGAGUGAUUGAGGAGAUGACCCUGAGGAGAGCGGAGGAGGUGCAGAGGCUCAGACAGGAGCUCCAGGAGGAGGGGGAGGCACGGGUCUCUGCCCUGAGAGAGGAGAUGGAGAGAGGGAUGGCAGGGGAAAGGAAAGCUCUGGAGAAAGGGAUUGAGGAGGCGAGAGCAGCGCUCAGGAGUCUACAAGCCUCACUAAACAACGACCAGAACCCCCAGGCGGUGGCAGUGAGACAGAGACUAGAGUCCCAGUACGAAGCUGAGCUGGCCAGGGCCAAGUCCACCGUGGCUGCUGAGGUCAAGGAGCUGACCGCUCUGCUUCAGGGGCAGGGAGACCAGAGGCUGCGCCAAGCCCAGGACAGGUUCCAGGAGGAGAGGGAGGAGUUGGCGCAGCGUCUGGCCCAGCAGGGUGAGGUUUCUCUGGGGGAGCUGAGGGAGGAACACAUGGCUGCCAUGGAACUCCUGAAAACCACGCUACUGACCAACCACACGAAGGACAUGGACACACUACGAACCAAUCACAAAGUAGAACUGGAGUCCUUGUUGGCCAAUCACAAGGCUGAGCUAAAAACAAUUGCAACGGAGAUGGCAACAAAACACAAGGAGGAGCUUGUUGUCUUGGAAACUAGCCUUGAAUCAAAAUGCAAGGCAGAGCUCGAUCGCCUGGAGGCAGUCCUACAGGAAACAAAUGAGGCUCAGCUAGAGGCACAGGAGGCAGAGUUAGAACACCGGCAUCAGGAAGAGAGGGAAGAGCUUGAGAAGAGGAUGCUGGGUAAUAUGGACACACUGGAGACCACGUACCUGAGGGAGAUCCAGACUCUACGCUAUCAGAAGUCACAGCUUGAGGCGGAGCAUAUGCGGGAAGUGGAGUGUGAUGGGUUGGAGCAGCAGUCUGUCAGGGAGGAGCUGAGGAAGAAGCUGGCUCAGCUUCACAUGGAGAAGUUUAGCGCCAUGGCGACAGAGCUCAGCCACACCCACCAGAAUGAGUUGACAAUCCAGAGAGAGGCCUUAGAAGCUGAACACCACACGGCUCUGGAGGCCCUCAGGAAAAAGGUCUUGGAGUUGGCGCAACAGCACUGCACCGCCUUAGAGGGGCUCACACACACCUAUACUUCAGAGACACAGCAACUCAACACACAGCACCAGCAGCAGCUCCAGGAGCUUAAGAGUGCGUCUGUGAGAGAGCUACAGGCGUGUCGCCGGGAGCUGGAGGAGUCAUUGUCACGGCAACGGCUGCACUUCCUGGAAGAGGUUGAGCUUCUGAAGGCCCAAGCAGAGGAGAGACUUCAGCACAAGAUCAGCCGACUGAAGGCGGAGUUUGAGGAGCAGAAGGAGGCGGAGCUAUCAGAACAGAGGCAGAGCUUCGGUGCUGAACACGAGCAGAAGGAACCGAGCUACGCCGACAAGAUGAGCCAGCUCACUGCACAACUGCUACAGCUGGACACUGUGGUGUCACAGCUGCGAGCGGAGGUGUGUAAUCUACAGGGGGAGUUGGAGGGGAAGAGGUCAGAGAUGGAGACCCUGGAUACACUCCUCCAACGGCGAGAACGAGAGAGUCAGGAGGGAGGCAACCUCCUCAACAUGCUUACUGAGGACCUACACACUGCCAAGGAGGAGAGGCACACUCUCCAGUCAGCCAAUGAGAGGCUGAGGAAGGUUCUGAUUGAGGUGGUUCUAAGCACCAUGGCAAUGGAGGAGCUAAUUGGCUGCCGGGUCAAAGCCUGUGUCGGGGUCAGAGGUCAUGAUCAGGGUGAUAGGCCAGGAGAGGAAACAACUAAUCAAGAGGCAGCAGACAUGUCGACAGGCGCUCUAGAUCUCUCUCAGCGUGUGUGUGAGAGCCUUCUACUGGCAGAGUCCCAAACAAACUCUGGAGGGGAGGAAGUCGCCCUGGGAGAGGAAGCAGCCCUGGGAGCCUGCAGCCAACUACGCCACUCUGUGGACACACUCCUGGAGCUCCUCACACGCGCUAGCACACAGUUGGAGGAGUCUUGUUCUGUCCAUCUGUCUCUGGAGGAGAGAUUUUCCCAGGGCCGUUCAGACUCCUCCCAGAUGCUGCUCCAACACCAGCUCGUGUUGGAUCAGCUGGACCAGGAAGCGGGACUCAAGAGCAAACUCCAGCUGGAGCUCCACAAGGCCGAAGGUCUGUUGGGGGGCUAUGUGGCUGAGAAGGCAAUUCUGGAAGAAUCUCUAGAACAAAAGGAGGCUCAGGAAGAACGGCUUGUUGAUGAGCUGGAGGGCCUCCGGGCGCAGCUGCACCAGAUGGAUGGCCUCACGGUGGAGCUGGAGGGCCUCAGGGUGCAGCUGCAUCAGAAGGAAGGCCUCACCUCUGAGCUAGAGGACCUCCGGGUGCAGUUGCAGGAGCUAAGCGAGGAGCACAGUCUCCUCCAGCGCCAGAAGGUCCAUCUCACCGCCGGACUGGGAGAGAGAGAAAAGGGCCUCCUCGUUGAGGCAGAUCGUCUGGCCCAGGAGAGGCUGUGUGUGCAGCGGCAGGCGGCGAAAGACUGCAGCUCACUGUCUCUGCGCCUCAGGGCUCUGGAGACCGAGCUAGAGGAACAGGAGAACCAGGGCCUGACGGCGGAGCAGCAGCACAGGGCUCAAUCAGAGGACCUCCAGCAGCGCGUCCAGGCCCUCGAGAAACAGCUCAAACACAACAGACAGUUUAUAGACGAGCAGGCAGUGGAGCGGGAGCAUGAGAGGGAUGAGUUCCAGCAGGAGAUCAGAAGUCUGGAGGCUCAGCUCAGACAGCCAGCCAGACACACUGUCGGGGCCAGCAAGGGCCAGCGGGUGGAGAGCCUUCAAGCACUCAUCAGGGACAAGACAGAAGACCACACCUCCCUGCUGGCAGCCAAUCAACAGGUCCAGCUCGAGGUUGCUGAGCGCAAUGAGGAGAUUGACAAGCUGGCUGGACGAAUUAGGGAGCUGGAACAGGCGUUGCUAAGCAGCUCCGAGAGCAGCAGAGCUGUCGGUCAACUGGAGCAGGAGCUGCGCAGAACUCGGCAGAGGGAAGAGGAGCUCACACAGGAUAAGGAGUCAUUGCAGCAGCAGCAGUUGUCAAAUCGUCUCCAGAUUUCAGCGCUGCAGUCGAAACUGGACGAGACCCGUUACCGUGACAACAAUGCUAGCACCCCCAACCCCAUCCAGCUUCUCCGAGACGCGUUGGACACCGCACAGCAAGACCUGCAGAACAAGGAGCAACAGGUGUGUGUGUUGGUUGGUCAAAUGGAGGAGACUCAGAGAGACCUGACCAUAAAAGAGGCGGAGUUAAAACACCUCAGUCUCCAGCUGGAGCUCCUGACCAAUCAGAACACGGAUACCAUCACCCAGCUUCACGACCAAGUCGCUUCUCUCAAAGAGACAGUUUCAGCCCUUACCUUUCGCCUGGAGGAGAGAGAGAUUGGAGAGGAGAGUCUCCCAUCUGCUCUGUUAGAGGAGAAGAAUGAGGAGAUAGACCACCUGACCCAGGAGAUACACAAGCUAGAACUGGAGCUGGAGACAGCCAGGGACAUCACGGCCUUCCAGACAGAACUUGAAGACCUCCGCUCCCAGGUGGAGCACCUCCGCUGUGACAUCAUCAGGGUGCGUCAGGACAAGCAGGAAGAGGAGGAGCGGUUUCACGAGGUCAUCAGCACACUACAGGCGGAGCUAAACACCCUUGGCCCUGCCUACCACGAGGUCAGCGACCUAUCACAAGAGGGCGACAGUGUUAACCCUUCAUCUGCCCCCAGCCCGGAACCUGCCAACUACCCCCAACCAGAGAGAGGAGGAGGAGAGGGCGACAGUCUUAAGCAGGAGAUGCGUCUCCUCCACUCCUCAUCUUCUCGUUCUCGUGUGGAGGCCAUGCAGGGGCAGCUGGUGGGAGAGAAGGAGGCGAUGGAGAGACUGCUGCUCUCUCAGGAGGAAGAGUACAGAGGACAGGGGGAGGAGAUGGGGAAGAGGCUCAGGGAAGAGAGGGAGAGCGGGGAAGAGGUAAAGAGAGAACUCCAUCUAAAAGAGGCUGAGCUUGAAGAGGUGAGAGCCAGGAAAGAAGGGCUGGAGGAGGAGAGGGAUGCAGCUGUGGAGGAGAGCGGUCACUGGCAGGCUCUUGCCCAGGAGAUGAACUCCCUGCGAGGGGAGAAAACUCGGCUAGACUCCCUGGUCCUGGAGCUAAAAUCAAGGGUUGAAGAGCGGGAGAAAGAGACUGAAGGCCUGCUACAGACCUUGGUGGCUGUCGAGACAGCGAAGGCAGAACUUUUGUCAGAACGCGAGGCCCUGCGGAAGAAGGAGUGCAGACUCCAAGAGGAAAUAGAACGCCUCCAGCAGGAAGUGACCUCUCAGAGCCUCCAGGAAGUCAGCCGUCAACUAGAGGAGAGGCGAGCCAACCAGGAGGAGGCUCAGAAGGAAGUGCUGACAUGUGCUGAGGAAACUCUGGCGAAGGCUGACGCUGCCCUGAGACAGAGGGAGGAGGAGCUACAGAGACUAGGGGCAGAGCAUCAAGCCCUGGAGGCAGAGUUAGCAGCUGUGAAGGAGGGUCUUUGCUCCAGCACAGAGAGAGCUGAGAAACUACUGGAGGAGGGACAGACCAAGGACCGGGCCCUGGUUAACCUGGAAACCAAUAACCAGCAUCUGAAAGCGGAGCUCCGGGGCCUACAGGAAGACCUGGCCGUGCAGGAAGAGGAGCUGGCCUAUCAGCAAAGAGAACUGCUGCAGCUCAGACAGACCUGCAACCCGCACAGCAGACAGACGCACUCAUUGAAGGACGUCACGCCCAGAGGAUUCCAGGACGGUGUGUCUCCCAACGAGUCCCUGAGUUCUCCUGAGGUUCUCCGUCGACUGGACUGUUCUGAGGAGAGAACCAGAGAGGACAGGUUCCACCCCUCUGUUCUCCACGGUUCUAGACUGUCUGACCUCAGUGCUUUAAACAGCACAGGCCUGGGGCUCCAGGCUAAAACCUCCCCCCGGGGAAGGAAAGACCAGUCCUGCCCAGGGACAAUCAGCCCAGAGCUGGGCACACACAGCACCCACUCCCCUGGGUCCAUCUCUGCCUCGGACAACCUCUCCAUGUUGGACUCAAUGGACGCUGACAAGGUGCAUGAGCUGGAAGCCCUGGACCUGACGGCCCCUCCCUCAUCUCUUGGCUCCGCCUCUUCUCUGUCUGCAACGGAGUGGGCCAGUGAUGGAUAUGGCAGCAAUGUCAGUUCAGAGCUCGGUGUAAGACUCAAGGUAGAGUUGGAGCAGACGGAGAGGCUGGACGCACAGUUCUUGGAGUACCUGCGCUGUCGAGGCAUGAACCCCGCAACCAACACGCACACAGGCAGCGCCGGCGGGAGUAUGAGCUCCAACGACGAACUGUUGUCUCCUGAACUACAAGGUCUAUUGAAGAGAGUGUACCAGGAGAGCUGCAGGGUUCUCGCCCUCUCCCAGCGUAACGCCCCCUCUAACCACCUCUCAUUGGACCAGACGAUCUGUCAGUUAGACUCUAAAGCUCCUCCAAUGUGUUGGGAGCAGGAGAAGAGGGCGUUACAGGAAACUGUCAUCGCUCUGAGAGAACUGCUCUGUCGGAUGGCACAAAGACCGGAGAACUCUGUGGAUGCUGGUUGGAGCAGAGGGCUGCAGGCUGCAGUAAGGGGUGUGUUUGACUGUGAGAGGGCAGGGCUUCGCUCUGAGCUGCAGGCCUUUCUCUCCUCCCACCCUGAGAUAGACUCCAUCCACCUCCUCCGUCAGCUGGAAACACUGCUACAGAGACAGGAGCAGCAGCAGGAUUUGCAGCUGCAGCACUCCCAGGGGGAGGAGUCAUCUAAAGGGGAGGUGUUAUCCAGGCUGAGGGUGGAACUAGAGGAGAGCAGAGAGCGACUUAACUCCUCCCACAGCACCCAGCAGGAACUACAAAACGAGACCCGCAAACUCAGGCUGUGUAUAGAGGACUGUGAGGAGGCUGUAAGGAGGGAGGAGACCAGAGUCCAGGAGCUACAGCAGGAGCUGGACCAGGAGAGAACUCUCACACACCUCCGGGAGAAGGAAGAGGAGCAGCAGAGAUCAGAGGCCGUGUCCCUGAGGGGUCUGCUGGACCAGGAGAGGAUGACCUCUAGUAACCUCCGACAGGAACUCCAGAUAGAACUCUCCCGCGGCCACCUUCUCCAAUCACAGCUCGACACACGGCUAGCUGAUGCCCAUAAGGAGCUGGAGGAGGAGUGUGCCCGUUCCGCCCGGCAACUCGACACUUUCCAGUCACAGGAAAAGAGUCGGCUGGGACACUUCCUGAAAGAGGCUGAGUCCCGCCUAGCCAACGCCCACAUGAAGGAACUGGAGGAGGAAUGCGAGCGGUCCGCCCGGCGUCUCGAUGACAUCACACGCAGACAAGAAGCGGACGCGUCCCGAGACAGGAAGUUCAUCUCGGAGCUCCGGUCUCAACUGGAGCAGGAGAGGAGGCAGGGGGAGGAGCUAGCCACUGUGACAGAUGGACUGAGGGCGGAACUUCUGCAGAACCAGAGGAGAGUAGAGGAGGUAGAGAGGAAGAGGAGAGAGGAGGCACAGAGAGAUCAGGAUGCUGCAGCCCGCCUCCGAGUUACUAUGGAGACACUCAAGGAGCAGAAGCAGGAGGCUAGUCGAGCAUUGGAGACUGAGAGAGAGCGUUCUGGUCGCUUAGGGGCAGAGCGCAAUGUGCUGAGGGAGAGGCUUCGAUCGGUCAAUGACGAGGAGAGGGAGCGGGAGGAACAGAGGGAGAGGGAGAGGAGGAAAGAGAGACGGGAGCAGACGGUGAGAGAGAGGCGACACGAGAGAACCAGCAACAAACUGUGUGAAUUGGAGUUAUUGCGGCAGCAGGACCAGCAGAGGAUGAGACAUCUCCAGCAGACUCUGGCUGAGCUAGAGAGGGAGGAGAGCGAGAUGGCCACAGAGACUGUCCAACCGACACCAUCUUCGUCUUCUUCCUCGGUGCUGGGGGAGAGGUUGUUGAGGGAGAACUCUGACCUGUCGGCCCACGUGAAAGAGCUAAGUCAGGAGACAGUUAACCUGAAACACACCCUGUCCUGUCUGGAACGACAGCUACGACAGGCAGAGACUGAGAACCGGCCCAGCACUGACCUCAGCAACAGCAAGCGACUGUAUGAGCGCUAUCUACGGGCUGAGAGCUUUAGGAAGUCUCUGGUCUACCAGAAGCGCUACCUCCUGCUGCUGCUGGGGGGCUUUCAGGACUGUGAACAGGCAACUCUCUGUCUUAUCGCUCGGAUGGGGGCGCACCCCUCGCCCCCCCACGCCCACACACACUCUCCCCUCUCGCGCUUCAGAGCUGCAGUACGAGCUCUCAUCGCCAUCUCACGACUGAAGUUCCUGACCAGGAAGUGGCAGAGAGUCAUCAGGAGAGGAGUUACAACAACUGUCACUGUCAACGGACACAGCACAGCUUCCAGGACUGAGGUUUUGAGGCAGCAGCAGCCACUGGCCAAUCAAAACUCCUCUCCACCUACUAGAGACAGCAGCCCCACCCGUACGGGUGUGGUUUCACCAAUGAAAUCACCCUUCAGGCUGCAAAACCGAGUGUAUUCCAACCCGGUCCUGUCCUCUGAGUGUGCUCCUUCCAGUGUCCUGACCCAGGAUGCCGAGCGGUCUCUGACAGACUACAUCCACCACCUGGAGAACGUACAGCAACGCCUGGGGGCUGCAUGUCCAGACUCUCCAUCUCUUCUCUCCUACCACAAGAAGUCUGACCGCUGAAGGAAGGAAUGAAGCAAUGUAUGAAUCCCUCCUUUCAAUGCAACAUAUUUAUGAUCCAUCUGUGUUCAAAUAUACAAGGGAAUUGUAUUUGUCUAAUAUCUGAUUUAGAAAGUUAGACACUUUUUUAAAAAGACAAAUGUAUUUUUUUACGAUGACUUUUUUCCACAGAUAUUUCUGUCGGCCUCCGAGUAAAUCCUAAGAGGUCUUCUCACCCGAAUGCAUGCGUUUUUGAAAGUAUUAGAUCGAUAUUUUUCUACCCGACCUUUAUUCAAGUUUGUAUCUCUGUUAAUAUUUGUUCAAAUUUCAUGUGGCUAAAUGUCUCAAGUCUCAGACUGGAAUUCUGAGCUAGAUCAAAGCUGGUGAACAUGUUUUGUCAAUGAUUUUAAUUUUAUAUAGAUCACCAUUUCUACAAAGUCAAUAAAUAUUUGAAUUGUGUGAU